GCCUCGAAGCCGGGAAAGGGAAGGGAAGGAGGAGCGAGCGAGGCCUUGUCGUCGUUGUCGUCGAGCCGAUCAAGAAAAUGCCUCCAUCACAAAAACCAAUGAGAUACGGGCACACAGAAGGCCUCACAGAUGUCUGCUUUGAUGACACUGGAAGCUGCAUUGUAACUUGUGGCAGUGAUGGAGAUGUCAGGAUUUGGGAAAGCCUGGAUGAUGAUGAUCCCAAGUCAAUUAAUGUAGGAGAAAAGGCCUACUCAUUUGCUCUCAAGAAUGGAAGAUUGAUUACUGCAGUAUCUAACAACACUGUCCAGAGCCAUACAUUCCCAGAGGGCACCCCAGAUGGUAUCCUGACACGCUUCACCAUGAAUGCAAACCAUGUGGUUUUCAAUGCUGAUGGGAGCAAAGUAGCUGCUGGAGCCAGUGACUUUGUGGUGAAAAUUGUGGAGGUAACUGACAGCAGCCUGCAAAAGACAUUUCGAGGACAUGACGCACCUGUUUUAAGUGUGUCCUUUGAUCCAAAGGACGUUUUCCUGGCAUCAGCAAGCUGUGAUGGGUCUGUCAGAGUCUGGAAAAUUUCAGAGCAGACUUGUGAGACAAGCUGGCAGCUGCUUCCGAAGUGUAAUGAUGUAGUGAAUGCAAAAUCAAUAUGCAGACUCUCCUGGCAACCGAAAAGGGGAAAGUUGCUAGCCAUUCCAGUAGAGAAAGCCAUUAAACUAUACAGAAGGGAAACCUGGGAUCAUCAAUUGGACCUGUCAGAUCAUUUUAUUACACAGACCCUCAAUGUUGUAGCCUGGUCUCCAUGUGGACAGUAUGUGGCAGCUGGAAGCAUCGGUGGCUGUAUAGUCAUUUGGAACGUGGACACCCAGGAGUGCCUGGAGAGGGUGAAACAUGAAAAAGGUUACACCAUCUGUGGUCUGGCAUGGCACCCCAAAGGAGGCCAGAUCGCCUAUACGGACAUGGAAGGCAAUCUGGGACUUCUCGAGAACGUUUGUGCUGUAGUUGGGAAGAAAUCAGACCCCAAGCUCCAGGCACCGACUCCUACUACCAAAAGCUAUGAUGACCUUUUUGAUGAGGACGACAAUGAGGACUUCCUUAACAGAGACAUGGUGGGAGAUGACUGGGGUACAAAGGCAGUAACGAAUGAUGAAGAUGAAGAUGACCUUACAGUGGCAUCGGGACGUCCCAGAAACCGAGGAGCGAUAAUCGAGGAUGAUGAGAACUCCCUAGAAACUGGAUUGCUGAAAGGUAGCUCUGCCCUUGAUAACGAGGAAGAAGAGGACGACCAGGAAGGCCUUGUUCCAGUUCAGACACUGUCAUCAACCCAGAGGCCUUUCUAUGAUGGGCCAGUACCAACCCCUCGCCAAAAGCCAUUCCAGGCUGCUUCCACCCCUGUACACCUCACUCACCGCUUCAUGGCAUGGAACUCUAUUGGCAUUAUUCGCUGCUAUAAUGAUGAGCAAGACAAUGCUAUUGACGUUGAAUUCCAUGACACUUCCAUGCAUCAUGCAAUGCACUUGCCAAAUCCAUUGAAUCACACAAUGGCAGACCUUUCCAGAGAAGCUAUUUUAUUAGCCUGCAGGAGCACAGAGGAGCUAGCAAGCAAGCUUCACUGCAUCCAUUUUAACUCCUGGGAUUCCAACAAAGAAUGGACGGUAGACAUGCGGCAGGAUGAAGAAGUUGAAGCCAUUUGCUUGGGUCAGGGCUGGGCCGCCUGUGCCACUGGCAGCCUUCUGCUUCGUGUGUUCACCAUUGGGGGAAUUCAGAAAGAUAUUUUCAGCCUGCCUGGUCCCGUGGUGUCAAUGUCGGGACAUGGAGAACAGCUGCUGGUGAUAUUACACAAAGGUACUGGCUUUGAAGGGGAUCAGUGUCUUGGUGUACAGCUGAUAGAGCUUGGAAGAAAGAAAAGACAGGUUUUACACGGUGACCCGCUUCCCCUUUCCAGAAAAUCCUAUCUAACAUGGGCAGGAUUUUCAGCAGAAGGCACCCCUUGUUACGUGGAUUCAGAGGGCGUCGUCCGCAUGCUGAACAGAGGGCUGGGCAAUACUUGGACUCCAGUUUGUGACACGAGGGAGCACUGUAAAGGGAAGUCAGAUCACUACUGGGUUGUUGGCGUUCAUGAAAACCCUCAGCAGCUCAGAUGUAUUCCUUGUAAAGGAGCCCGUUUCCCCCCCACGCUGCCCCGCCCUGCAGUAGCUGUGCUGUCAUUUAAGCUUCCUUUUUGUCAGACUGCAACAGAUAAGGGCCAGAUGGAGGAGCAAUUCUGGCGUUCUGUCUUGUUUCACAACUACCUGGACUACUUAUCCCAAAAUGGAUAUGAACACGAUGAAAAUGUGAAAGGGCAGGCAACACAAGAACAGCAGAAUCUCUUGAUGAAAAUGUUUGCUCUUUCCUGCACCCUGGAACGUGAGUUCCGCUGUAUGGAGCUUGCUGAGCUCAUGACUCAAAACGCCAUGAGCUUAGCGAUCAAGUACGCCUCCCGCUCUCGGAGGCUGAUGCUCGCCCAGCGGCUCAGUGAACUGGCGGCAGAGAGAGCCGCAGCGGUGGCAGCUGCAGAAGAACACGGCAAGCCGGAGGAAGAGGAGCCGCAGCAGCACCAGGAGGAUUUCAGAAACCAUCUGAAUGCCGGUUACAGCAACGCCCCCACAGAAUGGAGUCAGCCCCGGGUCAGAAACCUCCAACGGCAACACAGUAUGGAGACCUAUGAGGAGGCUGAGGAUGAGGGAGAGGACACGUCUGAAGUCUCAAAACCUAAAGGAUCUCCCAUACUCAGUGGAGGUGCAUCUACUCCCAAAUCUGCUAUAAUUACACCCAGCAACCAAGGCCGCGUCAAUCCUUUUAAGGUAUCCGGUAGCCAGAAGGAUCCACUGGUCCACUCUACUAAUAUUUUAGACAACAUGACCAAACUGCCCAAGAAGAGCCCCGUGCCGAAUGGCCGAGCGCCUCCAACCAGGGAGAAGGGUCCCGUUAUCAAGCCGUUGAUUCCCAAACCCAAGUCAAAGCAGGCUGCAGCAGCUGCAUUUUUCCAACCCCGUGGUGAAAAGAAAGCCCCAGAAGAGAGAGGAGGAAAAGCUGAAGCCGUACCGCCUCCAUCCCAAACUUCGACUGAAGACAGCGACAGUAAAAGGCCAAAGACUGGAUUCCAGAUGUGGCUAGAAGAGAACAGAAGCUCUGUUCUGACAGAUAAUCCUCACUUUGAAGAAACGGAGAUAAUAAAAGAAGGCAUGAGUCGGUUCAGAGCGCUUUCCGCUGAAGAAAGGAUGGCUUGGACUGAGAAAGCCAAAGGAAGAGAAGUCGGUGGUCCAGCUGAAGGGAAAAAGCGGAAGCGCCUGGAAGCUGUUGACGGCGACGGGCAAGAAAGCGGAGUACAAACAUCAGGAGAGGAUACAAGCUCAGCCAAAAAGCCCAAGUCCUUUGAGCAGUCUGCCAUCACGAAGCUAUCAGCAUUUGCCUACAAGCGGUGCUAGACUCACUGGUGCCUUCCUAAGGCCACGUGUCGAUUAACUUUAGACUGUUGUACGAAGCAACCUGCCUGCCCUCCAAAGGAAGUGCGGUCGUGCUGAGCUUCGAGGCAGAGAACCUCUUCCUGGAAAUAUUGCUGCACACCUGUUGCAUGUAGCUUAAUGUUUAUCUGUGUUGUGUAGGGUAGUUGUAAAUCGAGUUUACCACUGUAGGCAUUGAGGUAUUGCCUUUUUACGCGGUGCUUCUCGGGAGUUGGUCUCAUUAGGUCUCCUUAGUGGAGCCAGGACCAAGUUUUCCACGAAUCAGGUUUGUUCUUCUAAUAGUGUGUUGCCUUUUGGACAGUGUCCCACAGCAGGCAAAGGCAGGCGUGACGAAGGAGAAACGGUAGCUUUCGCAGUCCAGGAGAUGACCUGUGCUCCAGGUUAACACUGAGUUGCUGUUCUAGGUGUUCCUUACAUUUUUUAAAAAGUUAUGCAGUGUAGCAAAGCCUUUGUCAGGCACUGUGACUUGCUUGGUUCACUUUUCAUCCAAAAUGGAGCCAUCUUGUAAUCCCUUUGCCAAAUGGCCAAGCUGAACAGGAUUCACACAACCUACAUCGUCCAGGAAAAGAAUCUUAGAAUACUAUAGUUUUUAUGUUCUUGGUAUUACUAAAUAAAACAAUGGUCUUUUUGGAA